AAGAGAAUGAGUCCGCUCUGGCACAUCACGCGAGCUCGUCCCGGAUGAGCACGGGGAAGGAUUCUUUCUCCUUCUUACAUAGUGCUAUUUUUUUAUCGUUCCGAGUGAGGUGAGAUAUAAAAUGGGAGGAGAAAGAGGGCAUUGGACGGGGAAGUUGGAUUUCUUCCUCUCGGCUCUGGGAUUCGCUGUGGGGUUGGGGAACAUCUGGAAGUUCCCAUACCUCUGCUACAAGUAUGGAGGAGGUGCUUUCCUCCUUCCCUACACCUUCAUGCUCUUCCUCGUCGGGAUUCCCAUGUUCCUCAUCGAAUUGACCAUCGGUCAAUUCUCAGCCCUCACUCCGAUCAAGUGCUUUUCGAACAUGUCACCUUUGUUUGCUGGGAUCGGAAUCGCCGCGUUCCUGGGAUCUUGCAAGGGCAUCGUCGCCUACAACGUCGUCAUCUCCUGGUCCCUGUACUACCUCGGGCUGUCCUUCCAACCGGAUCUCCCUUGGACUCACUGCGGCCAGGACUACAACACUCACACAUCGGAGGAGUACAUGAAACACAGAGUUUUGGGAAUCACGUCCGGUCUGGAAGAACUGGGGACUCUUCAAUGGCGACUGGUGGUGUACUUCACGGCCACCUUCCCGUACGUCGUCCUGGUGGCUCUUCUCGUCAGGGGAGUGACCUUGCCCGGUGCCAUGGACGGAAUCCGCUUCUACAUCGUCCCUCAAUGGGACAAAGUCUGGAACAUCAAGGUCGAGAUCCUCUUCCUCGCUAUUUCUCCAAAGCUUAGGCUGAGUCAGGUUUGGGAGCAAGCUCUCUAUCAGAUUCUGAUCAGCUUGAGCCUAGGGGGAAGUGGCCUCAUCACGUUGGCCUCCUACAAUCAUUUCAACUACAACGUUGUCAGGGACACGUGGGCGGUUUGCUUGGGGAACAGCCUCACCAGCAUUUUUGGGGGCUUCGCCAUUUUUUCUACUCUCGGCUUCAUGGCGCAUCAGCUAGAAGUUCCCGUAGAUCAGGUCGCGCGGGACGGGACGAGCCUGGCUUUCAUCGCAUACCCCGAGCUCAUCGCCCAACUUCCCUUGCCUAAUCUCUGGGCUGUUCUCUUCUUCUUGAUGCUCAUCACGCUGGGAUUGGACUCCGCAUUCGCCAUGGCCGAAAAUAUUUCCGGUCAUCUCAAGGGCGGGACAUUCAUCAUGAACUUCAUGGACUACUACGCCAACGCUCCAAGAGCCAUUUUCAUGGAAAUCGCUAUCCUCGUGGCUGUCAUCUACGUCUACGGCGUAGGAAACUUUUUAUCGGUCUUGAAGAAGAUGGUUGGAUUCGACCCUGGUCAGAAGCUGAAAAGCCAUCUGAUAGUGCUCUACAUCACGGUCACUCCUUUGGUCUUGCUGGUGAUCUUCAUCUGGUCGUGCAGCUACGUGAGUCCCCUGACGGUGGGAGGCUACGAAUACCCAGCCUUUGCCCGUACGCUCGGCUGGUUCACCGCCCUCCUCAACGUGGCUGCCAUCCCCCUGGCUGCUCUCUACCAAAUCUUCUGGGGGUAUCGCCAUGUACCGUGGAAGCAGGUGACCUCUUCCUCUCGACCCCGACGAAGCAACGGCACGGAAACGAGAAAGCGUCCACCUCCGCCUCCACCAGACCCUCGGCACCAAAAGGCCCCGAAACGGCGACCCGUCGACGCGGUCACUUAG